AUGGCCGCCGUUUCCCGCCCGCACUUCGACUCCGGCCUUAAACGCUGGAACCCCGACGACGACAGCAUCUACGUCCUCAACCGCGGCGACGUCGCCAAAGAGCGCGCGCGCCUCGAGUACAACCACCACAAGAUCUGGCUGCCUCUCUGCGGCGGCCUCUGCCCGCCGCAGAUCCUCGCGCACCUGCGCCAGCUCCCGGCGCCGCGGGUCGCCGAGCUCGCGACCGGCACGGGCAUCUGGCUGCGCGACAUGGCGGCGCAGCUGCCCUCGACGGCGGAGCUGCGCGGCAUCGAUAUGGACACGACCAAGUUCCCGCCCGCGUCGGAGCUGCCGAAGAACAUGACGAUGAUGCAGCACAACGCGCUGAAACCGUUUCCGAAGGAGAUGCACGGGACGUUUGACAUGGUGCACGUGAGACUAAUAUCGUUGGGGAUGAAGAAGGAUGACUGGGCAGUUGUGGCGAAGCAUUUGUAUGCGUUACUGAGGCCGGGUGGCUAUUUGCACUGGGAGGAGGUGGGGGAUUCUGUGUGGAGGGUUAUUCCGCCCAGCAAGGCUUUUGACGAGUGGAUGAGGAUUGGGACGUUGUGGUCCAUGAAGGUCGGACGAGAUCCUUUCAUGCCCGCCCGUCUGCCGCUCGUCGUCCAAGACGCAGGGUUUGUGGACGUGGACGAGAAGAUUUUCAACUCCUUCGGCACCAGGGACAUGCUGCGCGAGCCGAUGCUCAAGAUCUCCAAAGAGCUGGUCCGGCCGGUGAUGCUCUGCGUGCUCGAGGACGGCGGGCUGGAGACGAUGCAGUCUGAGAAGGACAUUGACAGGCUGCAAGAGGAGAUCCGUCGUGAUGUUGAGGAGAAUGGGGUCAAGUUUGGGUUUUACUACAGUUGGGUCUGGGCGCGGCAUCCCUGA